AUGUAUUACGAACAACCGUAUACCGCAUCACAACCUCCCCCUCAAUCAUCACCACUAUCAUUUAGACCAACAAAUCCAACUAAUUUAAGAUCAAGAUCUCCACUUCGUUAUCUUCUAUUUUGUGCUGGUGGUCUUUGUGGUUUAAUUAUAAUUGCUACUUUAAUUACACUAUUUAUCGUUUAUUUUGCUCGUUACCGAUAUACAGACUCAUCUCUUUUAUCCUAUCCAGAUUUUGCUUGCAGUCAACGUCCAUGUGGUUGUCCAAAUUAUAAUAAAAAAACUUUUAUAACUAAAAUUGUUGGUGGCAAAGAAGCUUUACCAUAUACAUAUCCAUGGCUUAUUGCAUUAGUUGAUAGAUAUACAACAGAUCCAUUCUGUACAGGAUUUAUUAUUUCAUCUAAUGCAAUUCUUACAGCUGCUCAUUGUCUUAAUGGACGUAAUCCCAAUCAAAUACAAAUACUUGCAAAAGCUCAUGAUCUUCGUCAAUUCAAUGGCGAACGAUAUGAUAUUGAUAGAUGGUUUACUCAUCCUGAAUAUCAACAUAAUACUAGUAUGCAUAUAAAUGAUAUAGCUCUUGUUAAAAUCAAAAAUCUAUUUGCUUCUGAUCUUCAACCUUGUUGUUUACCAACAUUACAAUCAUCAAUGUAUCCUCGAGCACAAACAACCGCUGUUGUAAGUGGUUGGGGAAAACUUAUACCAACACCAAAUAGUCGACAUUCUCCUAUUCUUCAAGAUGUUGUUAUGCCUAUUGUUGAUGAAAAAAGUAUCAAAUGUUAUCAAUCUAUUGUUGAUAUCAAUCGACAACUAUGUGCUGGUUAUAAUAAACUUCGAAUUGAUACAUGUUCAGGUGAUAGUGGUAGUCCAUUACUAGUUGUUGAAUAUAAUAAUCAAAAACAAGGACAUUUUGUAGCAACAGGAAUUGUUAGUUAUGGAAAUAGUCAAUGUGAUACAUCAAUAUCUCCGGGAGUUUAUACACGUGUUGGUUUUUAUCUUCCAUGGAUUAAUAGUAUUUUACCAUAUUUAUGA